UUUAGUUGUCCUGGAAAGGCUUUAUUAGUAGGUGGUUAUUUAGUUUUAGAUCAAAACUAUAAAGGUUACUCCGUUGCUUUAUCUUCAAGAAUGCAUGCAUCUAUUUCCGCAACUUCUUUGUCUCAACAAGAAACUAUCAACAACGAUUUAUUAUCUGAUCAUAAUUCAGUUCAAUCUCCUCAAUUUAAAAAUUCAACCUAUAACUAUACUAUUAACUUGAAUCAAGAUUUCUAUUCCUAUCAACUUAUAGACAAAAAUUCAAAUGAAAAUAAAUUUAUUGAACAAUCAAUUGAAUCUGUUUUAGCUUAUGUUCAGCCUAAAAAAUCAAUGAAAAUUAAAAUUCUUAUUUAUUCUGAUUCGGCGUUUCAUUCUCCAAACGAUAACGAUUUUACUCCCAAAUCCUCUUCCAAUAACUUAAAAUCUUUUGAUUUUUAUAAUAAUUCAAUUGAUAACAUUCCAAAAUCUGGUCUCGGUUCGUCUGCCUCUUUAGUAACCGUUUUGACAGCUUCUUUAUUAUCUCUUUUCAAACAAAAUUUAUUUUCUUUGAAUUCAAAUUUACCUAAUGAAAAGGGCAAAGAGAUCAUCCAUCAUUUAGCUCAAAUAUCUCAUUCUCUAGCUCAAGGUAAAGUUGGUUCAGGUUUUGAUGUUGCUUCUGCUACUUAUGGUUCUAUCAUGUAUCAAAGAUUUUCUCCAAAUAUUAUCAAUGAAUUAUCCUUUUCAAAGAAAACCUUAUCAAAGAUAAAAUAUUUGCAAUACUUUGAAAAAGUUGUAGACUCUGCUUGGGAUUACCAAAUUGAUAUAAUGUCUUUACCUCCACAAAUUAAAAUUUUGAUGGCUGAUGUCAAAAGUGGUUCAAAAACCCCUCAGUUGGUUUCAACUGUUUUAAAAUGGAAAAGAAAUAAUCCUGCUUUAGCUAACGAGUUGUUUGAAGAAUUAAAUAAAAAUAACUUAAAGCUAAUUAAAGAUUUAAAUAAUUUGGAACUAAUUUCAAAAAAUAAAGAUAACUCAGAAAGUUAUGCUGAAAUGAUCUCUUAUUUAGAUGAUUACUCAAUCAUUCAAUUGAAACACCUAUUAAAAUUGAAACGCGAAUCAAUUUCUCAAAUCAGAAUUUCUCUACAAAAAUUAACAGAACAAUCCGGUGCUGAAAUCGAACCCCAUUCUCAAUCUGUUUUAAUUGGCAACUGCUAUAUUUUACCUGGUGUUAUUGGUGGUGUUGUUCCAGGUGCUGGUGGAUAUGAUGCUUUGGCUUUAUUAAGUCAUAAUCAAAAACAAUUUGAUAAUAUUGAUAUUGAAAGCAUUGAUAAAAAAUUGUACACUGAUGUUACUUGGUUAGAAUUAGAAGAACAAAAAGUAGGUAUUUUGCAUGAAGAUCCAAUUAAUUAUGAAGGUUUA